UAAACGUGCUAUAGGCCAUUGGUUAAAUUUAAUGCAACAUACAUACAUUUAAUCAAUUCGGCAUUGUUUAUAGUGUUCAUACAAUUAUUUUAACUUUCUGUGAAUUUGUGAAGACCUUUAAAGUGGAUUUUAAUCAUGACGGUAGACGGUGAGGAUAAGAAACCGAGAGAUCGUGUGUUCAUGGAUAUUUCGAUCGGCGGUAUGCCAUCCGGUCGAAUAGUGUUCGAGCUGUUCAAUGAGGUGGCUCCGAAGACCGCGGAGAACUUCCGGGCUUUAUGCACUGGAGAGAUGGGCAUUGGAAAAAAUACUGGCAAACCACUCACUUAUAAGGGCAUGGUGUUUCAUAGAGUAGUCAAAGACUUCAUGAUACAAGGAGGAGAUUUCACAAAUGCCAAUGGAACUGGAGGAGAGUCUAUUUACGGUGGUACUUUUGAAGACGAGACAUUUGAGCUGAAACAUGAUAGGCCAUUGUUAUUGUCAAUGGCAAACAGAGGAAAGGAUACCAAUGGGUCACAGUUUUUUAUAACAACACAGCCGGCGCCGCAUCUCGACAAUGUGCACGUAGUGUUCGGGUCGGUGGUGGGGGGCGCGGCGCUGGUGCGGCAGCUGGAGGCGCUGUCCGUGGACCGCAACGCGCGCCCGCUGCAGGACGUGCUCGUCGUCAACUGCGGAGAGCUCGUCAAGAUCAAGACCGUAAAAAAGCGAAAACAAGAGAUGGAAAAAGACGAGAGCGAAGCCGAGUCUGACCCGUCGCAGAAGAAAGAUAAGAAGAAGAAAAAAGAAAAAAAGGAGAAAAAGAAAGAAAAAAAGAGCAGGGAGGAGCCCGGCCACCCGCUGGCGCUCAGCACGCCGCUCGACCCGCGCGAGAUCCCCGCCGUGCCCCCGCACAGCUUCCUGCUGCGGCCCGAGGGCGCCAGCCGCCGCGACCCCGCCCGGGACCCCGCCCGGGACAGAGGCCGGUACCGCGAGAGGGACCGGAACGUGUACACCCGCAGCGGGAGGAUCAUCAAGGGGAGAGGAGUCUUUCGGUACCGCACGCCGUCCCGCUCCCGCUCCCGCUCCCGCUCGCGCUCGGGCACGCCGCCGCACUGGCGCCAGGCGCAGCGCCGCAUCAUCAAGCUGUCCGAGUUCGAGUGCGAGAUCUUUUCUGCCACGUACCAUCCGGCUAUGGAAUGAACUCCCCUCCACGGUGUUUCCCGAGCGCUAUGACAUGUCCUUCUUCAAACGAGGCUUGUGGAGAGUACUUAACAGUAGGCAGCGGUAUGAGUGCGUAAAUCAACCGCGACCAUUCACGUCCACGUUACGCUCAGACUGGCAACGAUGAGCGCUCGUGAGUCUACGUAAUGUAACGCCACGUGCGCGUGCGC